GGAAGGAAGCCCCGCCUAUUACCAACGUAUGACGUCAGAGUCGCCAUGGCCAGCUAUCCGUAUGGGCAGGGCUGCCCAGGAGCUGCAGGACAGGCACCUGGAGCCCCUCCGGGUAGCUACUACCCUGGACCCCCACAUGGUGGAGGGCAGUAUGGCAGUGGGCUACCCACUGGUGGAGGUUAUGGAGGUCCUGCCCCUGGAGGGCCUUAUGGACCACCAGCUGGUGGAGGGCCCUAUGGAUACCCCAAUGCUGGGGGUCUCCCCUCUGGAACUCCAGGAGGACCAUAUGGUGGUGCUGCCCCAGGGGGCCCCUAUAGUCAGCCACCUCCAAGUUCCUAUGGUGCCCAGCAGCCCGGGCCUUAUGGACAGGGUGGUGUCCCACCCAAUGUGGAUCCCGAGGCCUACUCCUGGUUCCAGUCAGUGGACUCAGAUCACAGUGGGUACAUCUCCAUCAAGGAGCUAAAGCAGGCCCUGGUCAACUCCAACUGGUCUUCAUUCAAUGAUGAGACAUGCCUCAUGAUGAUAAACAUGUUUGACAAGACCAAGUCAGGCCGUAUUGAUGUCUAUGGUUUCUCAGCCCUGUGGAAAUUCAUCCAGCAGUGGAAGAACCUCUUCCAGCAGUAUGACCGGGACCACUCGGGCUCCAUCAGCUACACAGAGCUGCAGCAAGCUCUGUCCCAAAUGGGCUACAACCUGAGCCCCCAGUUCACCCAGCUCCUGGUCUCCCGCUACUGCCCACGCUCUGCCAAUCCUGCCAUGCAGCUCGACCGCUUCAUUCAGGUGUGCACCCAGCUACAGGUGCUGACUGAAGCCUUCCGAGAGAAGGACACCGCUGUGCAGGGCAACAUUCGGCUCAGCUUCGAGGACUUCGUCACCAUGACAGCCUCUCGGAUGCUAUGACCCAGCCUGUCUAUAGAGAAUGGAGCACACCAAGGACCUUUUCUGGCUCCUUAGAGUGGGAGAAGCACGUGGGCCUCUCUUCUUUUCUUGCCCCUCCUAAAAAGAUUCUCCCUUGCUUGAUGCAGCACUGUUCCCAAAGAGGGCUGGGGAUUCUGCAUCAGAGCCACCAAUUAGUGGACUGUGGCCAUACAGGUAGGAGCCUGAGCUAGGAGAGGACUGGAGAGUGAAUGUCCUGACAGGCCUGAGCAGUUGAAGGGCACAGCCUUGCGCCAAGAGCAAGAGAUGCCAGUCAUGGCAGUGGAGUUAGUGUCUGGUCGGCUGUGCCUCUGGCCUCGGGCUUUCCCCUGUGCACUGACACCAGUGAUCAGUGUUCAGCAGCCUCUUACCGUUAGCAUCUGCCUCCCCUCAGCAGGCUGUCCUGCAGAUGAGCCCAGCUUCUCCAAAAUGGAAUUUGACCAAGCUUGAGUGGGAUUUGCCUGUGGGACCAGUGGCUCGGAUUCCUGCUCCUUCACACCCACCAGUCCUUGUGUAUUAACUUCUGUUUGGGACUGUCCCUGCUCAGGGAGCUGGAACAGUCUGCCCUCUGGGUAUCUUCGGCCAGGCUACUGCCCUCGGAAGCUUGGACCCUUCACUUGCCUGCCAUGCUCUGCUCUGCUUUAGUUCCUGGAGGACAGAUGUCACCUCCCACUGCCAAUGCUGUUUUGUUUUUUUAAUGUGUGAUCUUUCAUUUGGGGCCAAAAGUCCUGUGAAACCGUAAGCUUCAAUAAAAGAAGUGACUUCCCAGCCA